CACUGAUCACCGACACGGUUCAUCGUUUUCGUCUUCAUGCAUCGGAUCGCAUGUGUUUGAUCUCAGAUAAUUAUGACUGAGAGCAAUAAGAAUGAGGAUAGCCAUGCAGCGAAUGGCGAGAAACCAGGAAGAAAUGGCAUGGUGAAGAAUCAUAAUAAUAAUUGUCAUCAUCGGUAUCAACAGCAGGACAAGAAGGUUUACCAUGCUGCAUGCAAUGGAGAACUAUACAGCAGGCCGUUCCUUGAGUCCUUUGAAGAAACUCCCUUGUUGGUUGCAGUACUCACGUACAUGGGUUACGGCAUCCUUACAAUCUUCGGAUAUCUGCGGGAUUUUAUGAGGGAGUGGAAAAUAGAAAAAUGCCACAUAGCCAGAGAAAGGGAGGAGCAAAAGGAAUUUGUUCCACUUUAUCAAGACUUUGAGAAUUUCUACACAAGGAAUUUAUACAUGAGGAUCCGGGACAAUUGGAACAGGCCCAUUUGCAGCGUUCCUGGAGCCAAGUUUGACCUUGUGGAGCGAAGUUCCAAUGAUUACAACUGGACCUUUGAAUACACUGGAGGAGUAGUGAAAGAUGUGAUAAACCUUGGCUCGUAUAAUUACCUGGGCUUUGCAGAGAACACCGGCUCUUGUGCCGCUGCUGCUGGAGAGGUGACCGUAAAAAUCGGGGUGGCUGUGGCCAGCACCAGGCAGGAAAUUGGUAACCUCGACAGGCAUGAAGAAUUGGAGAAGCAAGUAGCCUCAUUUCUGGGUGUGGAGUCAGCCAUGGCUUUCGGUAUGGGCUUUGCAACCAACUCCAUGAACAUUCCUGCAUUAGCUGGCAAGGGAUGUCUGAUUCUCAGUGAUGAGUUGAACCACGCCUCACUGGUUCUGGGUGCCCGGCUGUCCGGCUCUACCAUCCGGGUCUUUAAACACAACAAUAUGCAGAGCUUGGAAAAGUUGCUUAGAGAUGCAAUAGUUCAUGGCCAACCCAGAACACAUCGACCUUGGAAGAAAAUCCUCAUUCUUGUUGAAGGCAUCUUCAGUAUGGAGGGCUCCAUCGUGCGACUGCCAGAAGUUAUAGCCCUAAAAAAGAAGUACAAGGCCUAUCUGUACCUGGAUGAGGCUCACAGUAUCGGUGCAUUAGGGCCCAGUGGUAGAGGGGUGGUGGAGUAUUUUGGACUGGAUCCUAAGGAUGUCGACAUCAUGAUGGGCACUUUCACAAAGAGCUUCGGAGCUGCUGGUGGUUACAUUGGAGGCAGAAAGGAUUUGAUAGACUACCUGCGAACUCACUCUCACAGUGCAAUUUAUGCCACCUCAAUGUCGCCUCCUGUCGUGGAGCAAAUCAUCACUUCUAUGAAGUGCAUUAUGGGACAGGAUGGAACAACAAUAGGCCAUUCACGUAUCCAGUCAUUGGCUGAAAACACAGUAUAUUUCCGCAGGAGACUACGGGAGAUGGGAUUCAUCAUCUAUGGCAACAAUGACUCACCUGUAGUACCCAUGAUGCUCUAUAUGCCUGCCAAAAUCGGGGCGUUUGGGCGGGAGAUGUUGAAGAGAAACAUUGGGGUAGUGGUGGUGGGCUUUCCAGCCACCCCGAUCAUAGAAUCCAGAGCCCGCUUCUGUAUCUCUGCGGCCCACUCCAAGGAAAUGCUGGACAGGGCGCUGGAUGUGAUCAGCGAAGUAGGAGACCUGCUGCAGCUGAAGUAUUCACGGCAAAAAGUUCUUCCCUCCUUGGACUGGCCCUUUGACGAGACCACAUAUGAGGAGAAUGAAGAGUGACAUACAUCCUCUCUGAAACCAAAUGUGCACUGCUUAUCUUUGGUCCUUCAAAAGGAGGCAGUGAACCACUUAAUCAAUAACCUUUUUAUAAAAAAUUUAAAAAGUAAAGAAAAAAGAUAUAUAUCAUGUUUAUUUUAACACCUGAAGCUCUGAUCAACAACACAGGCAUGCUUUUAGAAGGAAAACGCUUACCUUUCUUUCUCCCCAGUUUCCUUUAGUUAAUUUGUCACUACAGUUUUGUUUGGACGUGAGGUUUGGGGUCUGUUCUUAAAGGGACAGUUCGCCCAAAAAUAAAAAUGUUGUCCUUUACCCACCCUCAUGUUGUUCCAAAACCUUAGGACUUUCUUCCAUGCAACACAAAAGGAGAUGUGAGGCAGAAUGUUAGACUCAAGCCCAAAGUAUUCUUCAGUUUUGACGCGAACACUUAGCACAACUAGCCUUCCAAAGUAUACUUCAUUUCAUUGUGCAAGCAUACACAUGCAUGCUACGACUGCUAUGAAAAACUGGAGUAUUUCUCUUCAGGAGUUUAGACCAUUAAAAAUGUCUUUAUAUUCCUUCAGACUCGAGUUAUACAAGUUGCAGGUGUCUCCUGACCUUGGCAUUCAUUUAGGGAAAUAAAUACAUCAAUUCCUCUCUUCCAGCUAGCUACAAAAGGCUUUGAGCUGCUUGUGUACUUGCAAAUGCAUAUGUCACCUUUAAAAAAAAAUUUGUGCAUAAAAAGCAUUGAGACAUUUUUUUUUCUAUUAAGUGAGAACAGACAGGUAGCUAACCCGUAUUCCCAAGGAUACUGGCCUAUGAGAGGAAUUACUGGUUCUUCUGAUUGCAUUGUCAGUACAUUCACUGUGUUACCUAAAUCAAACACAAAAAAACUCCACAACUUGGCUGCAUAGAUUUUGUUAUUUCCACAGGUUUUGACUUGAGGCCAGCACCGCUGUCUUACUGCAAUCUGGCUAUCGUUUUUCUUAUGUUACCAGUGUAUUUAUUUUUCAUCUAGAUAUAAAUCGCAGAGGGCAAUGUUGGUUAUGUCUGAGAAACAUCUUGUGCAUAUUUAUCAAAUUUUCACCUCGAAGAAAACUUGGAUGAUGAUUGUAUGCAUUGUGUCCAAUGUUAUGCACAUUUGUCAGCAGGGUGCUGGUUGUUAUACAGGAAUCCUUGUUUGUAGAAAUUACAAAGAACAUUGUUGCGUGCUUGUUUGCACAUUUCUUCAGCGAUAUGCAAAUAUUUUUUAAUGGAGACGCUGUUCAUAAGUGCAAUGCCAUGGAUAACUAAUAAGAUCUAUGAACUAGAGGGUUUUGCAAAUGUCUUUUUGCAAAGUUAUGUAUUGCUUUGUAGUUCUAUAAGCUUUGGCUUUCAAUGUUGUUUUUGUAAUGUUGAAGUUUGUAAUGAUAUAAUUUCGAAGGGCUUUAAAAAUAACCAAAGUAAUUUCAUCUUCAUUUAUAUGUCAGGCUCAAUGUUCACUUUUGUGUAUUCUUGUGUAUGUUUCUUUAAUGUACAUAUUUAUUUAUUAUUCAUGGUUUGUAUGAUUUAUAUUUUUGGGAGAAGUGUACUUUAAUCAUCAAUGGCAGCUCCACGUAUCUUAUGCACAUGCAUGGUGUGCAUGCUCACAGUGCAAAUACUACUGAUGAGUCAUUUUUUAUCAUUUUAUUAUUCCCUAGAAAGCAAAUGUGAUAUAAUCGCCCAAUCUGCUGGUAAUUAAGCUUUAAAGGUGCUGAACUGUGCCCACUAUGAUGUUUUGUCGCUUCUGUUGCUUUACAUAAAUUGGGCCAGGGGGUACAUUUGCCUUUUAUUUCAUUUAUCAAAACCCAUUUACAACAUCAGAAUCCAGAUAUGUUCAUUUAUAUUUUAAUGUUAUUUAUGUUUUGUUUUUUGUUCCUGUAAAUCAAAUGCAAGGGAACCAACACUUACAAUAUAGUGACCUACAAAGUCAAAGGGAGAGAGAAGAUCUUUUAAUAAACCAAAGGAUGGAAAUAAUCAGAUAUUUUCUUAAUAAUAUAAAGAUUCAUAUAUGUAACAUACGAUAUAAGAAAGUAAAGACUGAUCCAGUUAAUGGCAAGACUUUGAUGUUCAGAUAAACAUCUGCUCUACACUCAUUGUAUAUAUUCUGAUAUAACUUGGUUUUUGCUGCCUGCAGUGCAUACUUUUCUCUCUUUUUGAAUGGAAGUACACUGUGGGCUUCAUAUUAAUUCAGGAACUGUUACACCCUUCUAAGUAAAUUAAAAUAACAUUUUAAUUCAAGUCCUCUGUUUGCAUUUUUCACUUCACAUUUUUUUCACAUUUCCACACUCUCCUGAAUUACUUCAAAAUGUAAUUAUAUUGUGAAUACUUAAUUACAAAUGUUAUACUUUUGAAUGAUUACCUUUAUGGUGUUCAUGGAAGUGAUUUCAAGACCAGAGUAAUAGAAACAUGCAUGUUAAGCUUAAAUUAAUUAAUUGUCAGAACAACUUUUAUUUCAUUUUACUCCCCAACUCUCCAAAACCAGUUUACAUAACAUUGAGAAAGCAAUGUGAUCUUAUGAAACCAUCAAAAUGAGAAGGCUUACACCUUUUAAAGGGAAAGUUCACCCCAAAAUGAAAAUACUUCCCUCAUGCCAUCCCAGAUGUGUAUGACUUUCUUCUGCAGAACACAGUUGUUCAUAAGAUUCCAGUGGUUAAAUCUAUGUCUCCAGAAGUAAUAUGAUAGGUUUGGGUGAUUAACAGAUCAAUAUUUAAGUGCAUUUUUGCUAGAAAAUCUCCUCCAUGCCCAGUAGGAUGCAUAUGCAGGAAGAAUGUGAAUCACCAAAAACACAAGAAGAAGAAUGAGUAAGUUAAAGUGGAGAUUGACUGAGCAGGGAGAAGAUUUUACUGUAAAAAUGUGCUAAAAUAUUGAUCCGUUUCUCACCCACACCUAUCUUAUAGAUUCUGAAGACAUUGCUUUAACCACUGAAGUCAUAUGGAUUACUUUUAUGUGAUUUUUGGAGCUUCAAAAGUUUGGCACCCAUUCACUUGCAUUGUAUGGACCAAAAAGAUGUGAAAUUCUUCUAAAAAUGUUCCUUUGUGUUUUGCUGAAAAAAUAAAAAAGACACACAUUCAAGGUGUGCAAAUGAGAGAAUUUUCAUAUUCGGAUGAACUAUUCCUUUAACACACAGAACAUUGUUACCAUACAAGCCAUUAACUCGACAUAUGAGACCGUAAAUGCCAACGUUUUACAUAUUAAAGUAAACAUCCUGGACUUGUUUGUUAUAACAAAUGUUAGGGGUUGUGAUAUUAUAUACUGUAUCUAUUUUAUGACACAUGAAUAUCAUCAUCAAAUAUUGUUAUAAUAUAAUUCAUAAUAUACUGUAAAUGUUUCAAAAUAAAAACUCUAAUAUGUUAAUAUAUAGGCCUACAUUAAAUUAAU